AGGCGACUCGAAAACUAACGUAGUCGGCAUUGGAGGCAACUUCUGUUACACCACAGAACCAGCUUCCUCGUCGCUUUCGACGUCUUAAAAUUGGGAGGGGUGAUAUACAACCGUGCAUGAGGCUCCCCCUGGGACCUCUGUACUUUGUUUUACAUGUUGGGCUGAAGAUAAUGGACUUCUGCUGAGACAGAUAAAUGUUUUAUAUAUAUAUAUAUAUAUGUAUGAUCCUAAUGUAAGAAUACGGAAUUCAAAUGUCGAUCGAAGGGAGGCAAAAGCCUGCUACUCCGCAAAAAAACAACACUGCACGUCGAAUAACAAUCCAAAUUAUAACAUUAUAACAUACAUUUCUACCAUUAUUUUCACUAAAUAUUUAGAUUAAUGAAAUGUUUUUUUCAUUUUGCUUUCUUGUGUGACUUGUUGACUGCAGUUUGUUUUGGGAGGAGGGGUGCAAAGAACGAUGGAUAAGUUGUGACGAAACUCGUGUAAAAACUGAAACAUGCACAUUUAAAACACUUUGACUCAGCGAUUUUUACAGGACGAGCUUCGUGUGCAUGUUGGUAAUACAUGUAGCAUAAGAGGAAAACCCACAUCAGAAAUAUCCACGUACACGUGUGCAUUUGGUGUGUCUGGCCUUUUUAAGACAGCUUUUAGUAACUAUUACUUAAUAAAUUGUUUAGAACUAACAUGGUCUAACGUGAACGAGCAGCGUGCACAUUUAACUCUUUAAUUCAUUAAUUUCAAAACGCUUGCAAUGCAGACUAGCUGUGUAGUGUAAAGACUGACGACGUAUUUGGAUGAAAGUUUAAUUUUUUGCAUAGAAUAAAACACAACACAUGGGAGAAAAAGUAUUACAGUUUAGCGAACUCGAAGUACUGUUAACUAUCUCAUUUAGUCCGGAAAUAAAUGACACUUUAAAUAAAGUUGAAUUCUUCAGUAUAAAUCAUACUGUGGCAAUAUAUAGCCUCUGGAAUAAAUAGUUGCAGUGGGUGGUGUUUAACUGUUAUAACAUCAACCAAGUUUUUUUUUCUUCACGCAUUCAGGUAGUCAUCAGUUCCGAAUGAAAUAAGUGCAUUUAAGUACUAUUGUUUUAUAUCACUAGCUAUUAUACUGUUUUAUAUUGCAAGUCUUAUUUUUUAAACACUAAUCAUUUCGUGGUCGCCAUACAUUUUCCAUGCAUUAUUAUCAUACUAUUACUUAUUUCAGCAAAAAAAGUUCCUAAACUAAAUGUGAACACCUGAUUCUGUAAACGUUUUAAAGUGCGGUAUCUUUGAUGCUUCCAUGAAAAAAGCGAACUCUGCUUAUAAAUGAAAUAUCUAUUUUUUUUUUUUUUACCAAAUAUGAAUAGCUGGAAAACGGUCAUUCGUAGCCGGUGAUGUUUUUGUUGGACUCCCAGUGUUUAUCAUACGGCCGGAUUACGUAACGCUGUGUUUACCGAAGACGCAUCAAAGACGGACUCCGGCGAUUCCCGGCUCAGCUUUCCUGCCGUGAAACAAUGCAGAAGUGGCCUUACUGCUCCAGGCAUGUGGUGGCCGACGGUGCAGCAGCUGGAUCUGAGGAAUUGCCGCGUCCUGUUGCAUUUCCCAACCGGAUGGACAGCAGUAGUAUUAGGAAACCGAAUGCAUUGAACUGCAGGCAAAACUCUCCCUUUUCUAUAUACGGGAGGUCUCUGAAAAUUAAGCCAUGUGCAUUCAGUGUGGUGGCACUUUCGUAACAGUGUUAAUAUUGCAUUGAAAUGAAAGAUGGCGCUAAUCGUCGAAACUUAAACAAAAUAGCUGUGUUGGGCGCACCAUAAGCAUGUACGGGUCGCGGAAACCUUUACCGUAUUUGACUGGUCAGCGCAAGACAAGUGGUUCGACAGAAAAGAAAAAGCACACACGCGAUAGGGGUUCAUUUCCAGUCAAAGGCCGGGCCGGGAGAAAGGUGGGGGAAGGGCAUUGUGGGAAACAGGGCACUGGGGAGGGAACGAGAAAAAAAGCCCUAGUGGUUGAACUGGUCCUUCCGCUUCCUUUGCGUUGUGACACCAAGAGGGGAGCAACUGGCCCUCUUUCGUCAUUUCAGGUGGAGGAGAGGAAAGGUGGAGCCAAGAGCGGACUAAUCUGAACACCAACAAAGGCAUCCUCUGACCUUUUCUAAAUUAUGUUUUAUGCCUUUGAAGUAAAAAAAAAAAAAUGAUGUAGACAAGCAUUUGUAUGUGAUUGGGACCUGCUGGAUUUUUCAUACACUUUCCCAAAAGUAAGGCUUGAAUGGAGAGACACACACGUGCGUCUGUUUUUCGAUGGGGUCCCAGAGGUCAAGCAAAGGAGUUAAAGUGUAACACCUGAGGUCCCUGGACACUCCUCUUAGAAACGAUCUCCACCCCAAACCUCUAACAUUACAUUUCAUCCCCUACUAAGUUAUUUCAGAGGAAGGUGUUUCCAUGUCUGGCAGUCUGCAGUGAGGGGCGUCCUACUGAGUGAAAUUGAAACCCAAGGCUGGGGAGAGAUUAGAGAGGCGUUUACACAGGCCCCCAUGGCUCAGGGGGGUAGGGGGGCUGGAGCUGCCCCCCCCGACGGAGGUUGGGGCUGGAUGAUCGUGGCUGGCUGUUUCGUCGUCACCGUCUGCACCCGGGCCGUCACCAGAUGUAUCUCCAUCUUUUUUGUGGAGUUUCAGAUGCACUUUGGGCAUGACUAUGCCGGCACUGCAUGGAUUCAUUCGCUGGUGGACUGCACCACUAUGCUUUGUGCUCCGCUUGGCAGCUUCAUUGGGAACCGGCUGUCCUUCCGCAUCACGGUGAUCCUGGGAGGCUUCUUGGCUUCCACCGGGCUGGUCAUGAGCUCCUUUGCCACCAGCCUCGAGUACCUUUACCUCUCCCUUGGCAUCCUCACAGGUGUUGGGUUUGCCCUCUGUUACACGCCAGCCAUCGCUAUGGUUGGCGUCUAUUUCCACGAAAGGAAGGCGUUGGCAUACGGGAUCGCCAUGUCCGGCAGUGGGAUCGGGACUUUCAUCCUGGCCCCAGCAGUACAGCUCCUGAUAGAGCACUUCUCUUGGCGUGGGGCGCUCCUGAUCGCUGGGGGGUUUGUCUCCAACCUGUGCGUCUGCGGGGCCUUGCUGAGACCUCUCACCUCCGCGGCGGGGGUCGAGAACGGGUCCGUGGUGGCGGAGUCCGAGGCAAGGGACAGGGCGGUGACUGCGAGAUGCUGCGAUGACCAGGAGCACCAUCGUUGCUGCUUCCGGCCCAUGCAGGAAUACCGAUUCCUGCUCAUGCCCAGCUUUGUGGUCCUGGCCACAUCUUUCCUCCUCCUCGCCAGUGGCUGUAGCCUGCCCUUCGUCUAUCUGGUGCCUUAUGCUCUGGAUGUAGGUGUCGGCCACCAGCAGGCUGCCCUCCUGAUGUCCAUCCUGGGGGUCAUCGACAUUGUGGGCAAUGUCACCUUCGGCUGGCUUACUGACAGAAGGUGCCUGAGGAAGCACCGCAGUGUGUGCUACAUGCUAGCCGUCGGCUUGGAGGGCUUAUGUUGCCUCUUUGCUCCUCUGUUGCGGAGCUUCCAGCUGCUAGUGCCGUUUGCGGUGCUCUACGGUUACUUCGAUGGGGCUUAUGUGGCCCUCAUUCCAGUGGUGACGUCGGAUGCCGUGGGCACGGCCCACCUCUCCUCUGCCUUGGGAGUCGUGUACUUCCUCCACGCCGUGCCAUACCUGGUCAGCCCGCCCAUCGGAGGUUGGCUCGUCGACCGCACCGGCUCUUACACGGCCACCUUCUUCCUCAGCGGCUUCGCUCUCAUCUGCAGCUCCCUGCUGCUCGGCGUAGCCGCCAUGGUUCACAGUUGCCGGGGACGGCGGAAGCACAGUGUCCACACCAACCCCAAGCUGCACAGCUUGGUCAACAGCCAUUGAUUGUUCGGACUCCCAAGGUGGAACCGAAGCUCACUCCUCUCCCUGGUUGUUCUACAUUGCAGUCUUUGUGCAACACCAAAAGCCUACUGUAUAUGUACAAUAAAAAUACGAAAGACAUUGCGGACCUCUCCUAAUGUGUUUUUUUGGCCUGCUUUUGUGCGUGGCCUCAAAGAUUCUGCCUUUCCGGCCUUUCUGUCAUUUGGAUUACUUUCUUUGUCACAUUCCCUCACGUUAUCUCGAGAACAAUAUUCAAACUGGCUUUCUAUUUGGGAGAAAUUCAUUAGGGUAUCUGUGCAUCUGUCCAUGACAGGUUACUCACCCAUUCGUCUAGGUCAAAGUGAUCCAGCAGAUGGCAGCAUUUGAGUAAUUUUAUGGAACAUAUACCAGCAUAUAGUAGCAAAAUGAAUUACGAGGUAUAUGUCUAUUUUGUAGAGAUUUGUGGACAAAUAGUGCUAAUCUGUAUUUAAUAUAUGGCUUUUUUUUUUUAAACAAAAAUGGUUUAAUAGUAAUAUUUUCUUGCUUACAGGUGUUUGCAGUUGCACUAAAUAUUGUGGCUACUGUAAAUAGAAGUCAAAUCUAAUAAAACACACUGUUGUCCAUUUUAUGUUUUUUUGUCCAUGUGCUGAAAAAAAUACUUUAGUAUAAUGAUACUAUAUAAAUAAAUAAAAAUACUAUAAUAGUCAGAUUGAGAGAUGAUAUUUUGAGACUGAUGCUUUGUGUGCAAUCAGGAUAGCAGCAAAGAUAAUGUACUUAACGGUAUGCUAGUUGCCGGUAGGGGUGAAAUCAGUAGGAGUGUGACGUGUCGUCCCCACUCGACACAACCAUCUGUUUCCCUUUUCCAUGACAUUUUUGCAUUUAUCUGGCACCAAAGGUCACCUCUUCUCGUAGAUUUGUGCCCUGGGCCAAUAUAAGAUUUAGUCUGGUAAGUUACCAAAUACACAAGUUUAAAAAUGUGCUAUGGAAAAUUUACUUGGCAUGUACGCACAGAAAAAAUGCCAUUAUUGUAAUCGGUGAAUAAUAAAUUUGGAUUUUUUUUUGGUGACAGCAUUACCAUUUUUGUCCUGCCCCCAUCGUCCGCUCCUUCCGUGUGCCACGCCCCUUCGUUCACCAGGUGUUUCCUGUUGUUCUCAUUAGUUCAAUGUAUUUAAGCCUGCUUUUAAGUUUGUUUCCCCAGUCGGGUCAUUGUAAAGUCAGUGCGUGUUUGCCUGUGUAUAUCUACCCUUUGAUUAAACCCCGUGCCCCCCCAA